UUGACACUUCAUAGUUCAAUAAGUUAGAUUUUAGUUUUUACUUUUUAUUGGAAGAUAAACUUUUCCGAUUUCUUCAGUUUCUUCAAUUUCCAAUCUUUUUUUCUAGGUUUUUCGUUCCUCUUCUUGCUUCGUAUUGUUUAUCACGUAAUAGUCUACGCAAUUCACACCACAAUAUCACCCCAAAGCUUACAGGUAAUUGAACAUGUCCGAGAAGGACAAAGGGAAAGCAAGCGCGCAAACCAAACAUGUACCAAAAGAUGCCCAAGUUAUUAUGACAAUCAUGAAAGAAGUGGGUAUCGCAGACUACGAGCCUAGAGUCGUCAACCAGCUUCUGGAAUUCACGUAUCGAUACGUAACCUCAAUUUUGGAUGACGCUAGAGUCUUCGCUAAUCACUCUAAAAAAAAAUCUAUAGAUUUGGACGAUGUACGAUUAGCAGUUCAAGUACAGGUAGACAAAUCAUUCACCAAUCCACCGCCACGGGAAGUGCUACUAGAAGUGGCGAGAGUAAAAAACGUUACUCCUUUGCCUCUGAUUAAACCACACUGUGGUCUAAGGCUACCACCAGAUCGCUACUGUUUGUCUGCGUGCAACUAUCGUUUCAAGCCUGCCACAAAGAAGAUAGUGCCAAAACCAAUACAGAAUACACCUACAAUAAAGACUAUCACAUCCAAACCACCAGGCAGUCAAAAUGUGGUGGUGAAACGACCACCUGGUCCAAUUGUCAAUGUAACCUCUAAGCCAGUUAAUGUUGUUCCAAAGCCAGUUCUCAAGUUUACUUCUGGUAGUAAGGUGGUCGCUAAACCAGCAGUAAGAGUGACAGCCGGUCCCUCAGCACACCCUGUCAAAAUGGAAAUCGAUGAAGUGUCGCUGAAGAGAAAACGGGACGACGAUGAUUAUGAUAUUAUUUAGUUACUUAUGUUUUAUUUAUCUAGCAAAACUUUUUUUUAAGUUCUAUUGAAUAUAAUAUUAUACAUUAAUUGUGCUGUUAAAGAAAUGUGUUCCUGAAUGAUCUGAAACUUUAAAGUGGUGUUGCUUUAUGUUUAAAAUAUUUUUAAUGAAAUUCAUGUCAAAAAUAUCUUAUUCAAGUUGGUGGCGCACUUUUGAUGCGUAUAUUUCAUGAGAAUUACACGGGAGUAGGUAUAACCAUAUUCUUAAGCUUAAAACUAAAGCUACAAGGGUUCCAAAUGCGGCCUGGUCUAAGAAGAAGCCUACAACAAACUUAGCCGGGUGUUUUUUUUUGUUAUCACCUCACAUUGACAUUAUAAUUUAUUAGAAGAGCAACAACUCACAUCCAAGCUUUUUUAUCGAUUACAUAGUCCUUUAUACUAUAAUAGGAAAAAAAAUUAUUUCCCCACUACACAACUUACAAUUUAUUGUGUCCAAUAUUUUUUAGUCACAAAGCUAUGUCAACUGUGCUAGAUAUUGUUUUGUAUAGCCAAAUGACAGAUGUCAGGAACAUAUUCUUUCAAUGGCCGACCUAUAUUAGUAAUAAGUUUUUAAUUUGAUUUAGCCAAUCAAAGCACACCAAAACAACUAUAGCAAUAAACAUAAAUCUUUAUUGGCAUAGUGUAAGUAUCCAAGGUGUUUAAGUCUAAUUUACAAAUUAUAUAAUUUACAACCAAGUAAACAAUGGCAUGCAUUAAAUACUUUUUUUUGUCCAAAUACAUUUUACAGACUAGGAAAAUGCAUCUUAAUUUUUUGUUUCGUGUUUCUUACAUAAUAUAAUUUUUCAGUAUUACAAUUUACUUCCAUGGAAAUUAUCCACUUUAAAUUAAUUUACUUUUAUAACAAAUAAUAUAGAGGAUUUGUUUAUUUAUAAUCUUUUAACUUUGAAAGUACUGAACUGAUUUAAAUAAUAUAUUAACAUUAGAAAGCUAUUUAUGAAGGUCUAAAUAUCCUAUUAUGAUAUAUAAUAUAAAUUUUUGAGUUAUAAUAACCAAAGACCACACUCCAUUACAUAGGUACCCCUAACUUUGGAAUACUUAAGUUAUGUAAAAAGUAUAAAGUUGUAUUUAUGUAAUUCCUUUUUUUUUUUAUAUAAUAUCCUUUGUGGAUCUUCCAAGUAUAUGUGACAUUGGCGAAGUACAACAUGCUGAUUUGGCACACCUGAAAGCUAAAAAUAUUGAUACCCAGCGAACAGACAAAACAACCUUUAUCUUAUAAGUGAGUAAGGUAAUGACUAAUGAAUAAGGUAUGGUAAUGAGGAUAUAAGUAGUCCCAUAGUCCCUUUAACGAAGUCUCCGUUAACGGGGGCAGCGGGAAUUGUUGUUAAAAAGUGUCCUCGUCCGUUAUCCAUCUUCGCUAACAAAGGAUUGGAUGUAAAGAUUUUUUUAUAAAAUAAUUCCGUCGUGCCCUUUUACUAUCCUCGUUAACUUGGUUAGAGGGAUUUGAAGUAAAAUAUUAAAAAUGCGUCUAUAAGUACUUAUGCGUCUGUCACUUUUACAUUCGUUCGCUUUAUUUUUUUCCUCGCAGUGCAUCAACUACUUUCAUUAAUAUGAGGUCAAUCCUUGAAUACUGUCAGCAGGGGAACGGGCAUUGCUUUGAAUUGUGUUAAAUAAUGAUUUUAUUCAGUAACAGUACUUGUUCAGGUCAAAAUAUUCGAAAUUUUUCAACCCCUCGAUUAAUUUGCACCCUUAAAAGUUAAUAAUUAUUUUCACGGCCAGAGUAGGGGAGGGCAGCCCUCCCAGGA